UAUCUCUGCCGUAGUUGAUUUUUAGGUUACAAACUGUGGCUACGUCACUUUUAAUCGUCGAUACACCGGUGCCACGCGUUUGGUUCGACACAACCUUAAACAAUUGUCCAGGAAACAUUGUAAAAAUGACGGUGUUAACGGUUGUUUGGAAAUUCUGGCAGGAAUACACGAAAACCACGCCGAAAAAGCUGAAAAUUAUAGACGCUUAUCUGUUCUAUGUGUUCCUAACUGGUGUCAUACAAUUCGUUUACUGUUGCCUUGUUGGAACGUUCCCGUUCAACAGUUUUCUCAGCGGAUUUAUUUCUUGUGUUUCCUGUUUCGUUCUCGGAGUUUGCUUACGGCUACAAGUGAAUCCUCAGAAUAAAAGCCAAUUUCAUGGGAUAAGUCCUGAGAGAGGAUUUGCAGAUUUCAUUUUUGCACAUAUUAUUCUUCAUAUUGUCGUAAUGAAUUUCAUUGGUUAAACUUAGGAAAUAAAUUUGUGAAACUUUUUAAUAAAAUACUUGCAAUUACUAAAAAGAAAAUAACUGGAACUGACUACAUUAUUAAAAACAUUAGAUAUUAAAAAAUGGAAAUAAUAAUUGUAGAAAGAAUUGUGCAAUAGAUUAAAAUUUACUUUCGUUACAAUGUAUUGCUGUUACAGAAUUUGUUUGUGUUAAGGUUUACGUAUCAGAUUAAUAAAUG